GAACGGAAUUGGCUGCCUAACCGGAAGUCAUGCUACAUGUGUAGUUGUCGUCACUUCUCAUCGUUCGCAAAAUAUUGUGGGGAUAGGGAGGUUGUUAGCUUUAUGUCUUAAAUGUUUAACAGUUUAAAUUGAGCUAAAUUUAAAAAUAAGGUGUAUUUGUGUACGGCAUUGCCCAGCAAAUCGGUCCGUCUGUGUGAGCAUGAGUCCAGAGAGUCCCCGGAAAUUACUUUGCGGGUUUAAAGGAAUCACAUCCGAGUUGUAACUCUGGAGGAUGCCUCUGCAAGUAUUAGUGAUAUAACAUCGCGCUGUCAUCACCGGAGAUAACCUUUUUAUCAGGGACAGUUCGACGAAGCAAUCAAGGAGCACCCUUUAGUGGUUUUGAAAGAAUCCUGUAUGUGAGAUGUAAAUGCCAGAAAAUCCUAAUCAUUCAGCACCAUGAUGUUACUGUCUAAUAUCUAAGUAUUAGACUUGGUCCCUUAAAUGAUGUUAUCCAAUCCUCCGGCUGACCAGAAAGGGACGGAGCAGGUGCCUGCGUCUGCUGCUGGUCCAUGUCGACGUUCUUCCCACUUUUCACUUUAUCAGGAGCAGCUGGCCAUGGGAUGCAGAGAAACCAGCAGGGAUGUUGAAUCUGAUGACAAUGAGCUGUCCACAGUCUUUGAGAAAGAGGGUCCACAAAAUCCACAUACCUGGACAUCUGGCACCUUCAAUUCAGCUCCUCCAGUUGGCCCAUCAGGAGAACAACUUGGAGUUCUUGAACAACUUUUUGUGUCCCAUCAGACUGAGAUGAAACGUCUGCUGACCGAUACCCUCGGCUCUCUGACGCAGCGUCUCGAGGCGGUGGAGAAGAGGAUGGACCAGCUGUGUUCACAAAGCAGUGCGCAUACCCGCAGUUUGGCUCAGCUUCACAGUAAAGUUGGCCAGCUGGGCAGGGACUUGUCAUUUGGCUUUCCAAAUGUACACAGUGUUUCGCAUGCACACAGUCUUGCAGGAGAGGACAUCAAAGUCCUAAAAGACGACGGAGGAAUCCUCUCAAAAAACACCUUCUCCUCUACACCACAUUCUCUUCUCCGAGCGCUCUCUCCGGAACCAAAAAAGGACCCUGUUUGUUCAUGGCUAAUGUCAACUCCUUCCCAAAACUCGCAAAGUCCUGUCCACAAGCCAGAAGAAUCAAGCUGUCUGAAACUAAAUGGGAAUUCCAGUGGCUCCAGUUCCCCAUUUGAAAUGCUGAAAACCUACCCUACGGGACAUACUGAAAAUUAUUUUGUGGGUAACUACUCACCUGUGUCAGACUUUGAAGACCUGGAAAUGGAACUGGUAGCUGAGAAGGAUCGAGUCGCAUUAAGCUUAUCGGUCGAUUCUGUGAUCAGCAGCCCAAAUGAGAAUGACAACCAGGUACUGACUUGUAAACAGGAAGUACAGUCCUCCGAUAAUGUGGGAAAAGCAGACGCUACCAAGAAUAAUCAGUGUUUACAUGCACAGGAACACCCGCAGGUGCCUUCCCUUAGCACACAAUUUCUGCACUAUUCAGGUACUAAUGGCUCAAAGUCGGAUACAAAUAUGGAUCCUCUUUAUUCGUUUUCAAAACUAACGAAGAGCUCUGAGAAGUCAAAUUUUGGGAAAGUCAAUGGUAACAACAGCCAGCAGGAAUCGUCCGGUCAAAUGACCCUAUUUUUUCCGCAUGGAGGGCAGCCCUACCCCUCAGUUCCCUUGGCAAAUUUUCAAGCUUGUUAUAAAACAGCAGAAGCGAGCAAAGAAAAGGAAAGAAUAAAAAUGGGCACAAACAAUGAGAAGCCAAGGUUUUUAACUACCUCGUGGAGUAAAAGUACAGCAGUCAUGGAGUGCAGAGAAAUUGGUGGCAAUUCUGCACAAAGCACAAAGUUGGGUAGUAAUGGACAAAGUGAGGAAGUUGGGGAACAUAAUGGCAUUAAUUCAUACAGCUUAAUAAAACAUCCUUUGCAAGGUUCAAACUGUGAACAGACUUUACCAAACCAGUUGGUAAAAAGUAUAGGUGAUCAGACCUCUUCACUUUUGACAUUUCCGCAAUCGCAUCCUAAUUCCCAACUCCCAAGAAAUGGUUCCUCUAAAACACUUAGUGCCGAUUUCAAGUCUAUCCAUGAUACUGACAAACUCUUAAAUCGGCUGUCUGACACUGCCCAUCGCUUAGUGUCUAAAAACUGUCCCAAAAAUGACUCGGUACUACCAGACAAAUGGACGGAUUACAGCAGAACUGUAUCGAAGCUCAAACACUACAGCGGUAAGAAUCGCCAUGUUUCUGGAUAUUCUCUGUCCCUUCAUGAGCUGGAAGAAGAGACCUCAAACAGUUGUAAACCGGUACUAAGGAACUCAAUUGCAUUACCUUUCAACCAAUUGAUGGGUAAAGAGACUGCAUUUUGUCCUAGCUUAUCUCAGCUUUUUCGGUCCACCACCCCGUCCAUGUAUGCUUUAAGCAAAGGUAGCUUCUCUGGGUCAGGUGUUAGCACUGUCCUGGCAUUAUCUUCCCCGACAUCCUUCAGGCUGUGGUUUCGGCACAGACGGCUCAACUUCCCACUCAUGGAGUUGUCGUGUCCAGGCGUCCAUAUGGUUACGAGUCGGAUUUUGGGCGAAUGUAAGUUGUGUCCUUUUCGGCCUCUGGUUGACCACACGGCUCCACCGGGUCUGGACAAUGAUCACCACUAUACACGACAAACUGAUCAAGAAGCUACAACCAGCAGGAAAAGAGCUACAACACGGAAAGCCAUAUCAUUUUCAUCAGUGGGUCACCUGUCAAAAAAACACCUUACACCAGAGAAAAGUAUGGAUUACCCUUCACGACACGGCAUCAGCCCCAAGCACCUAGAAGGCUCACCAGCUGAAUCUUUGCCCAGUUUUGCUGUGGUCAGCGCAAAUGUUAAAUUUCCUGGUUUGCAUAGCCAAGGGGCAUCUAGAGAAAUGGAGCAGGUGGAUGUCUUUGAUGCUCAUGCCGACACUCAAGCUGGCCAUCGUUCCAAAAAAGUUUCCCAAAUUCGAAUCCGUAAGACCGUUCCCAAACCAGAUACCAACCUUACUCCAAUGGGACUUCCCAAACCAAAGAGGUUAAAGAAAAAGGAAUUCAGCUUAGAAGAAAUUUACACCAACAAGAAUUACAAAUCUCCGACCCCCAACAGAUGCCUGGAGACAAUUUUUGAAGAGCCGAAAGAAAAGAAUGGUGCUCUGGUUUGUAUUGGCCAGCAGAAAAGAAAGCGAGUUCUGGAUUUUCCAGAUUUUACACUGCCACGAAAACGCAAGGCUAAAACUAAUCUCGGCCCCUUACGAGCAAAGGGGCCACGGGGAAGAGCUCGAAGGGGUAAACAUGACGACGCUGACCUUGACGUAAUGCUGAUUGAGAGGCUUUCAGAACUAGAAGACUACUUCACUCGCCAAGGACUGGAGGUUUAAGUCAUGCUUUUGAUUCUUGUGAAGGCUAUAAAAGUUUGGUAUUAAUGUAGGAAACAUUUAAUUGUCUGAACGUACAAAGAGGAAUUUACAAAAGUUUGUGAAGUACGCUGACCCAAAAGACAUUUUAGCAGUGUGAGCAUGUGGAAAAAAUACAAGCACAUUAUAGUUGACUUGUACCUGAGCACUUUUAUUUCCUUACAAUGUGAUAGUUGCAGUUUAGCAAUGUUUCUUUAUUCUUUACACAUUGCUAAACAAGAUGAUCCUAAGCAUCGCUUGGGUGCAAAAAUCAAGCCUGUGUUUGAGUUGAUUUCUGAUGUUUAGGUCCGUAUGGAUCUCAAAAAUAUGGUGAUAAACAAGCACUGCUCUUCCCAGACUACUAAUGUCAGAUUGGCAGCUUGGAUUGUAUAGGUUAUAUUUUUUCAUGUGUAGUAAAUCUGGAUUAGCAGGUAUCACCUAAACAUUUUUUUAAACUAUUUCUUCUGUAAAAGGAUUUGCAGGACAGGGCUACAAAAGUCCUAUCUUGUAAGUAUUUAUUUUCUUUUACAUUAGGUUUUUUAUAAGGCACUGUGGAGUAUUCGGUAACUGUACGCAUUUUUUAUGUAUUUUACUAGUGCUGCCUCACGAUUAGUCGUGACUAAUCAUUUGCAGAAUAAAAGUUUUUGUUUACAUAAUAUAUGUGGGUGUACUGUGUAUAAUAAUUAUGUAUGAAUACACACA